UAGAUUUCUAAAGCGAAACUAAUAACAAUAUCUUUUCUAUAAAAAUUAAUUAAAUCAAACAAAACAAAAUAAUAAGAAAAAUAGAUGAGAACUUUACUUAAAUUUGUUGCAGUUGCUGCUUUAGUAUCAACUUUAUUGGUUGUUUCUUUCAGAGAUUAAAUUAAUUUGAGAAACCCUGAUCUUCCUGACUGUUGUUAUAUUUAAAAUGACUAUGGAUACAAUUAUGUUAGAAACAUUUGCGAACAAAGUAUGAUGUUUCACCUUAAACUUAAGAAUAUCAAAACUGGAAGAAUAUAAUCAAUUGACACCGAAUGCAUGUUCUAACCAAUAGCCAGCUUUGACAUACCUGAAGAUAAGUUUGAAAUCGUUGAAAUCACUCAACAAGCCUGUUGA